UGCUUCCGCGGGAGCCGCCAAACAAACCGCGAAGGUGCCCCGAAGCCCAUCGGCCGCCGCGGGGCGGAGGGGUCGAUGGUGGCGCCGGGGAGGGCUGGCAGGGAGGCUGAGCUCUGCGGGAGCCGACUGACGGAGGAACAAUGCCGGUGGUGUGGCCAACACUUCUGGACCUCAGCAGGGAUGAAUGCAAAAGAGUCCUCCGUAAAUUGGAAUUGGAAGCCUACGCCGGAGUGAUCAGUGCCUUGAGGGCCCAGGGAGAUCUGACCAAGGAGAAGCGAGACCUUCUGGGGGAACUUUCUAGAGUGCUGAGCAUUUCAACGGAAAGACACCGGGCGGAAGUUCGGCGGGCGGUCAACGAUGAACGCCUGACAACCAUCGCACAUAACAUGUCCGGGCCUAACAGCUCUUCAGAGUGGUCCAUCGAAGGCCGCCGGUUGGUUCCUCUGAUGCCUCGGUUGGUUCCUCAAACCGCCUUCACCGUCACGGCCAACGCUGUGGCCAACGCCGCUCUCCAGCACAAUGCGUCUCUCCCUUCCCCUGCGGAAACAGGAAGCAAAGAAGGUGAGGUAGUGGUUUGUUACUCCUACACAACUACCACCUCUACGCCGACGUCCACUCCCGUACCGAGCGGUAGUGUUGCCACGGUUAAGUCCCCCAGACCUGCCAGCCCAGCUUCCAACGUCGUCGUUCUCCCAAGUGGUAGUGCUGUUUACGUUAAAAGUGUGAGUUGUUCGGAUGAAGACGAGAAACCCCGCAAGAGGCGCCGUACCAACUCCUCCAGCUCCUCCCCGGUGCUCCUGAAAGAAGUCCCCAAGGCCAUCCCGCCGGUCACCAAGACCAUCACGGUGCCCGUGGGGGGGAGCCCCAAGAUGAGCAGCAUCAUGCAGAGCAUUGCCAACUCCCUCCCGCCCCACAUGUCUCCUGUGAAGAUCACGUUCACCAAGCCCUCCUCCACUCAGACCACCACCACCACCACCACGCAGAAGGUAAUCAUCGUGACCACCUCGCCCAGCUCCACGUUCGUCCCCAACAUCCUCUCCAAAUCCCACAACUACGCAGCCGUCACCAAACUCAUCCCAACGUCGGUGAUAGCGUCCACCACCCAGAAGCAGCCCGUGGUCAUUACGGCUUCCCAGUCCGCCCUGGUUAACAACAGCACCAGCACCACCAGCACCACCACCACUAGCCUCACUGCAGGGAGCUGUUCCACGCCUUCUUCCACGCCCAGCACCAUUGGGGUGACCACCGUGGUGCCCUCUACCCCGUCCGUGGUUAUGUCAACGGUGGCGCAGGGCGUGUGCACUUCCGCGAUCAAGAUGGCCGCCGCCCGCCUACCGUCUCCGAAGAGCCUGGUGGGGACGCCCAGCCAGAUCCUCGCCCAGUUCCCCAAGCAGCCGCUGACUUCGGCUUCGCUGGCCGCCCCGCCUCAACCCCAGCCAACCCCGGCACCCCAGCAGACCCCUCUGCCCCCCAACAUUAAGCCCACCAUCCAGAUCAAGCAAGAAUCAGGUAUGCGACUUAUAACUAAAACGAUCCAAACCGUCCCAGCCGGUGCCAAACCAGCCAUCAUCACUGCCACCCGGCCCAUUACGAAAAUGAUCGUCACGCAGCCGAAAGGAAUUGGCUCCGGUGUCCAGCCGGCGACCAAAAUUAUCCCCACCAAAAUUGUAUACGGACAGCAAGGGAAAACUCAGGUCCUCAUCAAACCCAAGCCAGUGACCUUCCAGGCCACGGUGGUCAGCGAGCAGGCGAGGCAGCUGGUGACGGAGACCCUUCAACAGGCCUCUCGUGUGGUAGAGACCAGCAACGCGUUCCUGCCAGAGGUGAAGGAAGAACCCCUGGUCUAUACUGACAGCAGUUCCUCUUCGGUGGAGUCCAUCCAAAGUUCCCAAGAUUCCCAGCCCGUGGUCCAUGUCAUUGCUUCCCGGAGCCAGGAUUGGUCGGAACACGAAAUCUCUGUGGAUUCCAGUCCCACCAUCAUCUAUCAAGAUGUCUCCGGCGAAGCUCAGUCUGCGACGUCGACCAUUAAAGCCUUACUGGAGCUCCAGCAGACGACAGUCAAAGAGAAGUUGGAAGCCAAGCCUCGGCAGGCCACCAUCGACCUCAGCCAAAUGGCCGUCCCGAUCCAGAUGACCCAGGAGAAGCAGCAUUCUCCCGAAAGUCCGUCAAUUGCCGUGGUUGAAUCCGAGCUUGUGGCAGAAUACAUCACCGCCGACUCUGGAAGGCUUCACUGUGUCCCUUCGCACUCAGAGGAGUAUCUUCAGAACCACAUUGUGAGCCACCGGUCCCAGUCCCACCAGCCAUCGUCCGAGCCCCACCGGACCUUGCUUCAACACGUGGCCCAAUCCCAGACGGCGACACAAACCUCAGUCGUGGUGAAAUCCAUUCCCACCUCUUCUGCAGGCGCCAUCACGCACAUCAUGCAGCAGGCCUUGAGCAGCCACACGGCUUUCACCAAACACAGCGAGCAGCUGGGCACCGAGGAAGGGGAAGUAGAAGACACCUUGGACCCCCAGACGGGUCUCUUCUACCGGUCGGCCCUGACUCAGGUGCAGAAGCAGCAGAAGCUAAGCCAAGCCCAACUGGAACAAACCCAGCUUCAGGUCAAGACCUUGCAGUGCUUCCAAGCCAAGCAGAAGCAGACCAUCCACCUCCAGGCGGAGCAGCUGGCCGGCAAGCUGCCCCAGCUCCCUCAACUCUCCAUCCGACACCAGAAACUCGCUCCCCUCCAGCAAGAUCUGGGCACCGCCAAGCUGGACGCCCAGCAGGCCGUCGCCCGCGAGAGGCAGCUGCCCACCUUGGUCGCCCAACCCCAACAGACUGUGGUUCAGGUGCUGGCCGUCAAAGCCACCCAGCAGCUACCCAAACUUCAGCAGGCCCCCACGGCGCAGAAGAUCUACGUCCAGCCCCAGAGCCAGCUGCAGCUCCCCGCCGCGCCCGAGAAGCAGCCCACCAGCCAGGUGCACCAGCCCAUCAUCACCCAAGGAUCUUCUGUUACAAAGAUCACUUUUGAAGGGCAUCAGCCCCCCAUGGUCUCCAAGGUGACCCCUCCCCUCCCGACCUUGUUUCCCGGCCAGUUGGCCGCCAAGACGGCGGUGGCGGACAUUUUGAAGAUGUCCAUGAUGGAGGCCCAGAUCGAGCCCAGUGCCGGAGGGGAGGUGGCGCGCAAGACCUGCCCCCCGGCCCACCCUCCGGGCGAGGUGGAGUCGAGCCCCACCUCCGUGCUGAAGGCAGCCCCGGGAGGGGCACCCGCCCUGGGAACGGCUUCUGUCUUGCAGCAGGUGAAAACCUUGGACUCGAAUUCAAGCCCUCCUGGCACGGGGCUGCCUCUCCAGGAGAGGAAGCCGAACCCCCUGGCUCAACCCACCGCCAGCCAGUUCAUCCGUAUCCAGAACGUCGCUGCCCCCAAAGCCGAGGAACUGGCGGCCGAAAUCCUGAUCCAGACAAUCCCUCAGUAUUCGGUGGCCUGCCAUUCCACCUCCAACGUGGUGGUCGAGCCCAGCGGUCUUCUGGAGAUGAACAAUUUCACCAGUCAACGCCUUGACGAGGAAGACACCGUCAUGGAACAGGACAUGGACAGCAGCAACGAAGACGGGACGGAGCCCAGCCCGAUGCAGAUUUCGGAACAGACCUAGCGGCAUUUCGGAGGCUGCAAUGCACUUUAAGGCAAACCCGCCAAAGGCCUGCCUGUGGCUGUUGGUAUCCGGGAAGCUCUUAUCUCAGUUGUAAGAAGCACUUUGGUCUAUCCGAACAGGCUGACAUCCAGCCUUGUUCGCGGCGACAGUAUUGGCAAGUCCAGGAUUGCAAAACAGUUUGGGCGAGCGAGGCCUCACAUCCGGUCUGGGGGCAACCCGACGACACUAGAAUGUAUUUUCAUUGAAGGCAAGAAAGCAAAUAGGACACACAGUGAUUUUUUAAAAUUUUAUUAUUAUUAUUAU